UUUUCUACCACAAUAACACAAAAAGUUACUAGGGUUUAGUAUUUAAAUGAUGCGUGUUUAUAUAUAUAUAUAUAUAUAUAUUUUGCUUUAGGACCAAGCCAUGCAGCCAGAAACUAGCAUAACAAAUCAGGGCAAGAGUUUAAGGAGAACGGCAGAUCUAUUGAUCAGUAUACUAAUAAUCCGAAGGGCUAUAUGGGAUCAGAGUCAUCCAGAUCAUCGCAACCGAUACGUGCUAGAUAAGUUAUGGGAGGAGGUAGCCAAUGAAUGCAAUAAUCAGUCGGUUAAGAAAGUUUCUGAGAAGUGGAAAAAUCUACGUGAUUAUUUCAGAAAAGAACUGAAGAAAAUACCUCUGCCCCGGUCUGGUGAUCCAGGCGAAGAGGCUCUUAAAAAGAGCUCCUGGCCUCAUUUCAAAAGUUUAUUGUUUCUGAGAGACCAGUUUCUGCCGAGAUCCAGUCAUAGCAACCUGUUGGAUCCCGACAAUGACACACAAGUUUCGACACCCUCUACGCAGAUGGAUGAAAAUGAUGGUGACUAUGACGAAGACGAAAUGGACGAAACGCAGGGUGUAGAAACGCAGGAAACAGAACCCGACCACACAGAAUCAGUCACUCCAAUUCAAAGCACACCAAAAGAACCACGAACUAUUCUAAAGAAUAGGGCCCGAAAACGGUCAAAUCAACUUGACGCUUUUCUUGAGAUAGAGAAGAAAAAACUACAAUAUUUAGAUGAGAAACGUGUCGCUGCAGACCGUGGCAGAGCCCUACCAGUCACAGAUGACGAUAAACUGUUUUUUGAUAGCCUUUUGCCCCACGUGGUGAAAAUUAGGCCUCAUCGAAAACUUCAGUUCCGCAAUGAAAUUCAAAAUUUGGUUCAGAAGUAUGCCUAUGAAGAGUACUCGAACAAUCAGUCCACCAUCAAUAGUGGCAAAUACGAUGGUGUCGGUGAACCGCGUGAAAAGCAAAUUAACCAAGGAAAUAAACUUCCAACUUUCACAUCUGCUCAAUUCCCUCAACAGCUAGAAGCAAUUCGGUGUUUUAUUGGUCUCAGCAGUUGUUCUCUAUGA